AGAUCAUACGCGCUAAGAUAUAGUUAGUAGUUACUAGUUGUGUUCGUCGGAGCUUUGGCUCCGGAUGCUGUCGCGAACGACUGUUAGCUUUUUCGAUCGCAACUGCGAAAGCGGUGUUUGUAUCAAAAUGUUUACUACAUGUGCGCUUCUGUUUUGUUUUUUGGAUUUUGGCACUGUUAGAGCUCAUCAAAUGGACGUAGAUUUAAACAGAAUACAUCAAUUACCUAAUGAGCUAUCGCCAAUUUAUACUUCAAUAAAUAAUAAUCACAGUCGCAGAUCUAUAAUCAAUAAUGAGGAUGACAUCUUUGACUAUAAAAAUUAUUACAAUAACAAUUGGCAGAGGGUACGGCCACCAAUGCAUAUUUUGCAAACUAUAAAAUCAGAAAAUGGACAACCAAAGGAAGAUCCUAAGCUCUUUUAUCAGUCUGAAUCAUACUUACGGGAAAUUAAAGGUCGCAACACAAAUAACGAAGUAGCCUCCAUAUAUCCAGGAAGAGAAGUUAUUAGAGCAGAUGAAGAAUAUGCACGACCUAUACGUAUGAAAAAAAUGACGAAAAGUUUUUCCGCUGAUCGAGAUUACUGUGUGAAAUGCCCACAUGAUAGAACACUAAUAGCAAAGCCUGGAUCAGAUCGUGUUGUGUUACAAAGGCCCCGCCUUUCUUCCUGCACAGGAAGAAUCGUACCAAGACAAAUUCGUUUUGUUCAUAUGUAUGGACCUAAUUUUGGAAGUCUGCUGCACAAAGGUUCUCACAUUGUUGUGGGCAAAAUUAUGCUGAACAACAAAGUGCUUCAACUUUGCAAGAUACAGGUACACGUCAUUUUACAAACGUGUCCCGCCCCAAGGGAUUUAAUUACUCGUUGUGAUAACACCCUAUGCAACUUUACGUGUCGAGAUCCAAAGUCUGAGCUGCAAGGAUCGAAUUCGCUUGUUUGUGGUGAAGAUCUAACGUGGCAGGGAAAUCUACCGACAUGCAGAGCACGUAGCUGGUGUAUGCCGCAAAUGCCUCCAGAAAAUGGAAGAGUAAGUUGUAAAGGGUCUACUGUAAAUGAAGGCGCUGGUUUGUUGGAAGGAUCUAAAUGUAAAAUACGAUGUGCUCUUGGUUGGCGUGCCCCUCGCAACUCGAUAACUGUCUGUCGUCGCGGAAAAUGGACCCAUCAAUUAUAUUGCCAACCGAAACGAACCAAAAGAUAAUGAAAAAACGUGUAAUAACAACAUGUAUACUUAUGUAAUAAAAGUAUUUGCAUUUUUA